AUGAGGAAGUCUGGCUGUGAAUUGCUACCGCGGGAUGACGGGGAGUUUGAGAUACUGGUACCAACCGUUUCCGGUGUUGGAAGGGUUCUGUUGAGACGGCCUGAGCGGGAUGAAGGCAACGGAGGCCAGCUCGGGUCGUCAGCGAAUCGCGGAAUGGUGCAUGUCAAGGGAUUGAGCCCUGCCACAUACCAGACGGCCGACAAGCAUUCGCUGGGAGCUCCAAAGCUCUUCCCCGACGCCUGCGCUGCGAUCGAGACCAUGAUAUAUCUGAACAACGUCCGUCGGCGGACAGGGCUGGAAGCCGGUGGGGUUGGACCGCGUUUUGCCCAUGAUGUCACGAUGCGAGUAGCUUGCGGGGGUAUUCGUAAUAUUCGACACUGCAUCCUACUCCACGACUCAGGUCGCGAGAUUGACCGGAUUACCAAACAGAGACUUUCUCGUUCAGGUCUCGAACUUCUUGCCAAUAUGUGUGAAACGCGAGAGCGAUCAACCGACGUCCACUUGAAUUCCAACGCGAGGACACACCAACCAAGCGAAUCUAUCCCCCCUUCCAACAGAAAUCAGUACGAGAGCCACAGGCCCAGCGAACGGCGGGUCUACCAUCCUGCUGCGCCCGCGGAUCGGUCCCAAUGGGCGAUGUGGAUGGGCAACGUCCCCAAGCACGCCGACGAGCAUGAUCUGCAGACAUUCAUCGCCGCACAAAAUCCCGACCACGGUGUGCUAUCCGUGUUUUUGAUCUCCAAGUCGAGCUGCGCGUUCGUCAACUUCGCGAGCGAAGGCCACCUGAAUGCUGCAAUCGAACAGUGUAAUGGCAAGCAUUUAGGCCCGGAUUGGACUCGGGGGCCGCCGUUGGUUUGCCGAGUCCGGACACUCAACGACGACCUUUGGACUGGCGUUGGUGGGCAGCGAGGAGUUGGCCUGCACCGACAGUGGAUCAACAGCCGCAUCGCAGGGGGUGAUGGCAUCGAGGACGCAGAUUCGCCGAGCGCAGCUUCCGACGCCUCGACAACGUCGAGCUUCUUCGAAAAGCACUUUCCGCGGCGCUUCUUUGUGCUCAAGUCGCAGACGAGGGAAGAGUUGGAUCGGUGUGUUGAGGAUGGAGUGUGGUUCAUCCAGACACACAACGUGGCUGUUCUGGACCGGGCGUUUCGCACAUCUGAGGAGACAAUCUUGUUCUUCAGUGUCAAUAAGAGUGGCCAGUUCUAUGGCUAUGCCAGGAUGAGGACUUCAGUAAUGACGACGAAUGAUGCUAUUCAUGAUGGUCUGCCACCGGACACGACCGUUGCCGAAAAGUCCGCUAGUCCAGUUACACCGAGCCCUUCGCCGCCCGGUGUCACCCAGUCAGCGCCCAGUGUGAUGGGUCCCCGGCAUCCAGACUUUCAGGAGUUUUACGAAGCUGGGAAAGACGUUCGUCAACCUAUCAGCCUCGAUGGACUCCUCCAGCGUCAUCAGGACGUCCUUGAAGCUGGAUCAGAACCAGAAGCGGAUGAACAUCCUGAGCCAGAUCCCCAGAGUGACGGGGUGUCUGACUACACCGCCCGAAUCACCGUCGAGUGGAUCUGCCCCGAGCCGCUGCCUUUCAAACGGACGCGGAACAUUGUCAAUACAUGGAACCGUGACCGCGAGGUCAAGAUUUCGAGGGACGGCACUGAGCUCGACCCAAAUGCUGGAUCAGCGCUUCUGGAGGCAUGGCGGCUGCUGCAGGGGGAGAGCAGCCGCCAAAGGGCGUGAUAGUGCGAUGUUCUUCUCUAACCCCGGAUACGACUAGUAGGCUCCCGUGUCGUGAUUCGUUUCCUUUGGUUCUUCUCCCCAGGUUCCAGGUACACAGAGAUAUGCGAGCUGGUAUCUGGACACCCAUAGACUCGGUCAAUCCCCAAUGUAUCUCAUUUCUCCUAGAUACACAGUGUCACAGCUCACUGGUGUCUUCGCAUAUGUACACUAGACUAGGUCAUAUCUCACUUCCCGGUAACUACCGGCGAUGACACGCUGUCGCCCUUUUGCUCUGAACUUGAGCCCACGCCGGCUCCUACAGAGCGGCAUUUGCCAGGCGGGGACUGCCGAGCUCGACAAAAAC